AUGAACGCAUUCAACAGUGCUGGUUCUUUGCCGAUCCACACUGCCGCAUCCCAGAUCUCCAUUGUGGACGUCUUCUUCCCCGGCUUCACCGGCAUCUCGGCGUCCAUACAGCAGCUCCUAGCUAGUGACCUGAACAGCUAUGCUCACCUUCUGUGCUUCUGCGGCAUGCUCCUUUUCUUGGCUUCGACCGUCCACGUCUCCUACUACAACGAAGCGUACGAUAUGCUUAUCGCCUGGGUCGCCACUCAGCCCUUCGCCCACAAGGCUCGCUCCUCUCUCGCUAGCAUCGGCGGCAUGCAAAGAAGAGCAUAUGCUGAUGAUCUUUCAAACGAGUACAAGAAAAAACCUUUGCGCUUUUCACCUUGGAAUGGAUCAUUCUUCUUCAUGUACAAGAACCGUCUGCUCCGGUUCCAGUGCAUAGCAAAAGAGACCAAGGAAGAGAUUUCCAUCUCCUGCAUCGGCGGAUCCGCGCAAAUCCUGAGAGAGCUCCUUAGUGAUUGCCGAGCCGAGUAUCUAAAACUUCUCCAGAAAAAGACUACAGUCUUUGAGCAUCAUGAUGGUGAAUGGAGGAAAGCGAAGGCAAGAGACAUCAGACCAAUUUCGACAGUAAUCAUGGAUGAGGACGAGAAAAUAGCCCUGCUGAAAGAUAUCGAAGGUUUCCUGGACGAGCGAGCUCGAGGCUGGUAUGCAAGACGCGGGAUUCCCUAUCGAACAGGGUUCCUGCUUUAUGGGCCUCCUGGAACCGGGAAGUCCAGUUUCAGCUUAUCUGUGGCCGGGCGUUUUGAACUGGAUAUCUAUGUACUCAAUCUUUCAAGCAUCGACGACAGCCGCCUGAGCAGUUUGUUUGCCCAGCUCCCCCCACAUUGUGUCAUUCUCCUAGAAGAUAUCGAUGCUGCUAGUACGGCACGAACGGAAGGCAGUGAAACGAUGAAGAACAGCGGCCAGGCCGCGGUAGGCCCUUCACAAACGAGCAGGUCUCAGGGAAAUGUAUCUCUGUCCGCGCUUCUUAAUGCCCUGGAUGGCGUGUCUUCGCAGGAAGGUAGAUUGUUGAUUAUGACGACAAAUCACAUCGAACGUUUGGAUAACGCGCUCAUCCGCCCUGGUCGUGUAGAUAGGAAGGUCCUGUUUCAGCUCGCUGAUAAAAAGAUGAGUUCUCGUCUUUUCUGCGCGGUUUUCAAGCAGUCGGAUGAGGAUGACAGCAAUCCAGGAAAUAAGAUCGAUGAUGAAACAAUUGACCGACUUGCGGGUGAGUUUGCCGCCAAGAUACCGGAGCAUUUAUUUAGCCCAGCGGAGAUACUGCUAUCGUUCCUGCUUGAACGCAAGCAGUCGCCCACCGACGCAGUGGCUGAUGUGGAGAAUUGGGUUGUUAAAACCAGCAAGGAAAGGGGAAAGGGGAAAAAUUACGCCAGGGCACGCGCAAUUAUCAACCCCACAGACUCUUUCGAGGACCUUACAGAGAGCACCCAGGUGCACAACGCAUGA